GUUAGCUUCUGCAAAGCUUUCAGCGGCCAGCUGAGCACGGGAGCGGUAACAGUUUUGUUUCUGUCAGUUCGGUUCUUCCCGGCGCAAUAUUUGAAUGUGCGGAACGAUUUUCAUUUACGUUUUAAACUGUUGAAACACUUGUGAAUUUUAAGAUUUAGAAUUCAAUUACUGGAAUAAAUAUAUGUGCGUCCAUAAAUCUUAUUGUAGUAAAUUUAUCAUAUGAAGAGGAAGUAAAGUUUUCAUCAGUCCUACCUUGAACAACACAUUAGCCGUGUGUAAGACUCUUUGAUACUUCGACAUAAAGCUUCAAGAGUAGGUCAAACAUUGCACGUCAACAAUGUCAACGUCGAACGGAACAGUCCUAGAUAUUCCGUAUAAUACAACAACAGUGUCAUAUGAUAACAAUACACUAAACACCAGUGCAUCAGAUAUCCAACCAGAUUUGUAUCAAUUUGUGGCUGUAUUUGUGCCAUUGGUAUGGGGAAUUUUAACUGUUGUUGGAGCUUUAGGAAACGCGCUUGUUAUCUACACGCUGAUCAGACACGGGGAUAAAAAUGCUACUAAUUAUUUUGUGAUCAAUCUGGCUAUUUCUGAUUUUGCAUUUGUUGUCAUUGUCGUUCCGUUCACAGCCACGCUAUACGCUCUUCCGGCAUGGAUAUUUGGGGAUGGCAUGUGUAAGAUCACGAUGUAUAUGAUAUAUGUUACGCUACAUGCAACAUGUCUGACGCUGAUGGCGAUGACUAUUGACCGUUACUGUGCCAUAGUGUAUGCCGUACAGUCCAGAAACUGGAGGACAACGCAGGUUUCACUGGUCGUUUGUCUUAUUGUAUGGUUAGUUUCAUUUCUGAUAUCCCUUCCAUUUGCAAUCUACUUCCGAACGGUGACAGACAGAGAGGUUGUGUACUGUAUAGAUAUAUGGCCAGAGCCACAGGCAGUGUAUGGAAAAAUUUCUAUCAUUGUCGUCGUGUUUACGACAUAUGUGGUACCCCUUUCCGUCAUCAUUUACAGCUAUGCCAUGAUUCUCAGAACUCUGUGGAAAAAUAAAAUGGCAUCCGGGCAUAUUCAUAACAACGGCUUAACAUCAAAGAAGGCCCAGCAGCAAGAGAAAAGACGAAAACGUGUAACAAAAUUAGUUGCUUCUGUUGUCGUCGUCUUUGCCUUAUUUUGGCUUCCAAUUCAUAUUCUCAACCUCUGGUUCAAGCUAGAUCCGGAUUUCCCGAAAACACCGACAAUGUUGCUGUUUAAAAUAGCGUCACAUACUCUGUCUUAUGCUAACUCUUGUGUUAACCCGUUUGUGUAUGCGUUUCUAAGUGACGGAUUUCGGAAAGCAUUUAGAAAAACAUUUCCAUUUAUAGCACAACGUUACAAAAUAUGUGGUGGUCCGAACGAAGAUUACGUCAGUCAAGUAGGCAUGAAUGACAGGCCAACUGAGCAGACAAAAGCUUCCAUGAAUGUUGUAAAUAUGGAAGAAAGAAAAUUAAUGCAGACUGACUUGUAAGGAUGAAGUGAUUCUAAUU